AUAACCAAACCCUGACUUCAAUAUUUUCCUCACAAAGUUCUCUGCAGUUCUCUGGCAGUCUAUACAUAUAUAGUCACCUCCUCCUCCGCCGGAGUCCGCUGCUCUCAGCUCUCUGAUCUCUCUCUCUCUCUCUCUCCAAAUAUUAUAAGGUCUUUGAUGAGUGAAUUUGCAUGCAUGGAGGACUGGGAUUUGCAAGCUGUUGUAAGAGGGUGCAUAAAUAUUGAAGCCCCUACUGCUAUCCUUGGGGACCCAAAAUCUUGUUUUCCUCCUAUGAAUGCUGUAGAAGAUGGUGCUUUAAGCUUUCCUGAAAACAGUGAAACUACAACAGUUUCAGAUAAACUGGAAAUGCUUUACAAGCCCUUCUAUCCUGUCUUGAACCCUGUUAAUUCCUCACAAACCAUCCUUGCAAGCUCCAUAUCUGCUCCUAAAGAACUCAAAGAACCAGACCAGAUCAAGCAAAGUAUAAAAUCACCAAAAUUAAGAAGGAAGAAUCAGCAGAAAAGGGUGGUGCAAUAUGUGACAGCAGCCGAGGGAUUUUGCUCAGAUAUGUGGGCGUGGCGUAAAUACGGUCAGAAACCCAUCAAGGGAUCGCCAUAUCCGAGGAGCUACUACAGGUGCAGCAGUUCAAAAGGGUGUUCAGCAAGAAAGCAGGUGGAACGGAGCCCUUUGGACCCGGGAGUUUUCAUUGUAACGUACACUUCAGAACACAAUCACAGCCGUCCAACUCGCCGAAACUCCCUCGCUGGCAGCACCCGAAGCAACUUAACAACACCCAGAAAGAAAACCAAAUAUUCUCAAUAUUCUUCCAAAGUCCUUUCUCCAACAACCCCUUUGAUGGCAUCCAUUGAGGACGAGUUUGUGCAAAAUGCGAGCUCGAAGAAAGAGGAACAGCAAAUAUUGGUGCAAGAAACUGAUAAAGGUAAUGAAAUUUUCAAUAUAGAUGAUAUAGUAUUGGAAAACGAACCAUUUCCAAGCCUGGAGGAUUUUGAGGAACUGGCCUCAGAACCGGCGCCCUUGAGUGGAUGCUGUUUGGAUUCAUUAUUGGAAAACAUUCCUGUACCUUGGUUCGUUGAUCGAUCCACAGCCACAAAUGAUGGUCAUUGACGCGGAGCAUGCAUAUGCGAUAUACAGGAUA